AAAAACAACCAAACCAAAAGACGCACCAAAACAAACCCAAAAAACCCAAACAAACAAAAAAACCCCAAACCACCACCACCAAAACCCAGAAAAACCAAGCAAGCUGAAAAAUGAACUGUGCCAAAGAUUCCACUUUCCAAAUGGAGUAAAAUGCCUCUUUUAUGUGAACAAAGGAUUUUGACUGCUCCAUGCUCAAAUAAGCCCUUCAUCUUUUAAUUGAUGUAGAGAUUUGUAUUACAACCACUUAAUGAGUAUUGACUGAGUCUGUACCAUCCUUUUCCUGGAGGUGUAUGUAUGUAGAGAAAGGAACAUUAGCUGGAAUGUUGUAGUAAGGUAUUGGAGAAAUGGAGUCCUAGGACCCUUCCAAAAUGCCUGGUCACUGUAAUUAACUCAUUCUGUCUUCCAAAGGCAGAUGGCAUAUGGGAAGUUAACUUUCCAAAGAUAGCUGGAAGUUGCAGGAUUAGCCUUAUGCUUCCCACACAUUUGAGCAGUUUCUGCUUUACAACUACUGUUCAAACACAGAAGUACACAGUAUAUGCUGCAGCUUCCUUUUUUCCCAAUCAAGGUUUAAACAGACAUUCUGAGAAUCAUGAAUGCAAUCCUAAAAGUUAGUCUGUCUCACAGUAUUUAUUUUGAGCUUCAAAUCCUGAUCUCCCUUCUGUGUUUAAUUUGAUUAAUGGUUAAUAGGGCCAUCCAGAGUUCUCCACAGAGGUUUAUGGCUUUAAUUAAAUGCACAGAGACAGCCAGCUCCAGCCAACCUCUGCCUCUUUUAGCUGGACAAGGAGGAAGAGAGCAGAGCUUUAACCCUGCUUUCCACACAGACUCCUGUUCUCUUGCAUCCUUUGGGCAGCCUGGUGUGGCUUUGAGCAGAUGCACUCGCUCAAAGGUGCCGAAGAACUGUUCUGGCAGCUGCCAGGCAGCUGCCUGCCACCACAGGCUCAGCAUUUCCUGAGACAGCUCUUCCUCGGCAGGGGUUUUCCUCCAGCCAGGAGAGGUCUCCUCUUUGGGAUUUGGACACUGUUUCGUUGACGUCACCUGUCACACUGGAGAUUAUGUUCAAAGUAUGCAUUAGCAUCCCUGCCUCGUGGCUUUCCCAGCUUUGGAGAUGUGCUCCAGCUGUGUCCCUGCUGGACAGGGACAUGCAGCUAUAAGGUGAUGAGGCCCUGUACCUCAGUGGUACCCGAUGCAGCCUCCAGGAGAGGGGCUGGAGGCAGAGAAGAGGAAAGCUCACCCUGCUUGCCAAGGCUUGUGUGAUGGCAAAAGGGAGGCCCUGGGCUCUGAGCUGUGAAAUUGUCUGAUCCAUCACCAACUAACUUCAGAAUGUGUGGCAGAACACAAUGAAAGACUUACAAGCUUUUUUAAGGCUCCAGCUAGAGGGGAAUUGCACUACUUCCAAAUGGGUGAGGGGCUUCCUGUGUUUCAUGCAAAAUCGCAUGUUGUAUUUUUCCAUGCAAUGUGCAGACUUGCUACAAAUUAUAUUUAGGUGCUUCACCAGUUCUUGGAAGGAGGUACUGAACACAGUUAUACCUCCCCUGUUUUUCACAGCAUUUAUGCUAUUUAAGGAGCUCCUGCAGAUGAGAGCACUAAGGGAUUUGAGUGUUUUGAUUCCUGUAUCUUCUGUAGGAAGUGGUUUGUUUUAUUCCAGGGCGCUGCAUUUUAGGGGCACCAGUGAAAGACCCAGGAAUGUCAUGAGAAAAGAGAGACUGCUGCUCAGUGUCUGCAGGAAAUUGGUGAGGAAAAUCAGCUAGAGGGCACCAAUAUUUCUUCUUAGGGCCGUUAAAUGAGGCCAUGUGGACUGGCAGCAUAUGGAUGCAUGAGAGAAACAUGAGGGCUUUACGAAACAGUUGUGCUAAAAAUAAUUUUUGGUGUUAUUUUUAAUAAUGUUAUCACAGAUGAAGAAAGUGAGGUAGAAGUUCAUAGCCUGAGACAAUUCCUUCUCCUGCUUUACAGUAUAAACACUAUAAAUCCUUGAGUGUUUGUUUGGCUAGGUAAUGCUUUCCAAAAGUAUGUCAAUAAAAUAGGCAUCAGAGCCAUAAAAUAUUUUCCUAUAUUUAGAGUCUAAAUGUGCAAUAAAAAGUCAGUAAACUUUAGACUCCUAAGCACCAAAAUUGCUUUCAAAAAGGGGGGUUGGAUGUUCAAAUAAAAAAUUUUAAAAAAUACAGAUUUUAAUAUUGCCAAAAAUGCACAGUCAGUGUUUCAUGCUCAGUGGUGUUAGUAGGUUCAGCUACAGCCUUGUAAGUUGAGUUGCUGUCUGGGCAUGAGAAGGAUCCUGAAACUGUUGGAGGGGGCAGGAGUAUUGUAGGAUUAUCAGUUGAUUGGUUAAUUUAGAGGAUUAUGUUUUUAAUGCCAAAAAAUCCAGCUGCACAGAAUUGCAGAAUAAUUUAGGCUCAAAGGGAUUUCUGGGGAUCCUCUUUCUAGCCCCUGCUCAAAGUGGGUGCACGGUACGUGGUUUUGCAUGUUGCAAGAACUUACCUUUACAUGGUUUUGAUUUGUGCAAGAAAGAUUAACUAUUUGGGUACUUUUCUUUUUGUGCAAUACAGAGACAAAUACCAAAGAAGGAUAAAAAUUAAGGCAAAAGUUGAUCCAGAUAGCAUUUAAGCAGCUCCAAAAUACCCCGUACCAUUUUGCAUAUAUUGUUUUGGUUUUUUAUGAUAAAGAAACAUUGCUCUAGGCUAGCACCAAGGGGCUUAGUUUAAACAUUUGUGAAUUAAUUUUAAAUUGUUCUUUUCAUUGCUGGCUAAUAUGCAGGAGGAAUUGGUAAAUAUUGAGAGCAAAGGCUAUACAGCGUUUUUAGCCAGUUCUGUUUAGACUUAAUCACUACAAUGCAGUGUUAAAAUUUACAAAACAGCUUGUAAUUGCAGUAGCUUAUUUAAACCAGCUAUUUGUGGUUAUGUCUGCUGAGGAAACUUAAGCUUCAAUGUUCCCCAGCCAUCUAAUAGCAGCAAAUUGACUGCGGGUCUCUUGAAGGAAUAUCUAAAUGUAGGCUGUUGAAUAAUCCCUUUGGGGGCCCUGUAACUAUUUUUGUGCCUGGAUAUGCGUCAUCAGUGGGUAUUUUCUCUGGUGACUAGCUUACAUCAGUAGGUCUCCUACCAUACGCUCUAUCAGUGAGUGACUUAUGAUUGAUGGGAGUCACGGCCGCUGUUUAGCUUUUAUCUGUGACCUCAAAUAAUGGACGACAGGAAUUUCCAGGCUGUUAAAUUCCUUGAAUGACUGAAGACACGGGAUGGCUCUGCUGAUAAACGCAGGACUGUCUACUUAAGAAGCUGAGAGUGAGUUAGGAACAUUGAUGAAGCCUCUAUUCUGUGAGCUGUCAGCUUCUCCUCACCUGGAUGACUAAAUGGGAGCAGAGUGCUGGGCCAUGAACUGAAGGUGGAAGAGAGAGUCAGCAGCCAUAUUUGCUGGAGUAGUGAACCAAAUUGCUUUGACUGGAACCAUUACUCACUUGCACCUUUGAUGGCAGCAGCCAGGGAAUUUGAAGAUAGUCAUGCCUAUUAGAUGUUUAGAAGAUGCAGAUAGCUGUGUCACCAUGGAAGAGAUGACGAGAACUUUGCUCUAGGAGAUCACAAUCUCUGGAUCAUUCUGCAUCUCAGUAUUUAAUAACAAUGGAACAUGUCCAAAUGCUAUAACAAUUCUUUGCAAAUGUACAAUAAACUGUUUAGGAAAGUUCAUGCCAUGAACAGAACUGUGUAAUACUCUCAUUAGUGUACAGACACAAAUCUAAUGCCUAUAGACUACUGCGUGGAAAGUUCCAAAGAGAAAGAAAAGUCUGUGAACUUGCAACAGCCCUGGAAAAAUGGGAGCAACAAGACUUUGAAAAGCACAGAUUUGGGCACACUCCAUGUGUCUGCACAGCUUUCAAGUGAACUAGCACUUAAGACCUUGCGUAACAAAAUGGACUCUGGGGACACAGCUAUAGGGCAAAAAGCUACCUCAAGGUCUGGAGAAACUGCUAAAGUACCAAGUAGAUGGAGGCAAGAACAUUCAGCUGUUAUUAAGAUGAGCACUUUCGGCAGUCAAGAAGUACAGCGGCAACCACAAAUAGAUCACGAGCAAGUAGGAAACACGGCAGCAGCACAACUUUUUAGUUCUGGGAAACUGGUAUCAUCAAAUGAAGCUGCACAGCAAGUCACAGAGAAGCAAUAUCCGCAGCAUCGUCCAAGCCCUUACUCAUGUCAACAUUCACUUUCCUUUCCACAGCAUUCGUUGCCACAAGGCUUCUUGCACAACAUAAAGCCACAUCAGAGCUUGGAAGGCCCUCCAUGGCAGUUUCCUAGCCACUUGCAAUCAGUUGCCUCAGAGGACUUGUUUCCUUUUCAUAUGCAUAGCCAUAGUGGAGGUUUCUCCAGGAAGAAGAUUUCAAGUUUGAACCCUGCAUACAGCCAAUAUUCACAGAAAUCUUUAGAACAAUCAGAAGAUGCUCACAAAAAAGAGCACAAACCCAAAAAGCCUGGCAAGUACAUUUGUCCUUACUGUAAUCGGGCCUGUGCCAAACCUAGUGUACUUAAAAAGCAUAUUAGGUCUCAUACUGGUGAGCGACCAUACCCUUGUGUCCCUUGUGGUUUCUCCUUCAAGACGAAAAGCAACCUUUACAAACACAGGAAGUCACAUGCCCAUGCAAUUAAGGCAGGGUUGGUACCUUUCACAGAGUCAGCAGUCUCUAAAUUGGACCUUGAUGCCAGUUACAUCGAUGUGGAAGCUGAAAUACAUUCAGAUGGAGAGCAGAGCACAGACACUGAUGAGGAGACCUCACUCCUAGUGGAAGGGUCUGACAAACUGAGCCCCGUCUCACAGCUCCCACUGGACAUUGCUAGCAGGAGUGGCUUUCACUCCUCCAUGGAGGAGUCCUUGGUGGGGCCGAUGAAAGUCCCCAUUUUGAUUAUCCCUAAGAGUGGGAUUCAGUUACCCAGUGAGAGUUCACCGUAUAUUAGCUCUGAUAUGUUGCAAACCCCAUCCUUAAGUACCAAGUCUGAUGACUCUCAUACAGUUAAACAGCGACUUGCACUAAGACUGUCAGAGAAAAAAGGACAAGACUCUGAGCAGUCAUUAAACCUCCUGAGCCCACACAGUAAGGGAAGCACUGACUCUGGCUAUUUUUCCCGCUCAGAAAGCGCUGAGCAGCAAAUUAGCCCACCAAAUACUAACGCAAAGUCUUACGAAGAAAUAAUUUUUGGGAAGUUCUAUAGGAUUAAUCAAAGAACAGCACUAACUGUAGCCACAGCAAAUCAGGAACACAGUUUAAUGGGUAGAAAGGGCAAAACAGACCCAUCACCUCUUUUAAAUAACAGAUUAGAUAUCAAGAUGCUUGAGGAACAUAUUUCUCACCUGACUCCAAAUAAAGAGGAACUCAUUGACUCCAAUAGUUUGAGCACUAUUAAAUCUACACAAGUUUAUCCAGGCAGCAAUACAGAAUGUAGACAAUCCCAGACCACAUCAUCCAUCAAAAGUGAAUCCAACUUGUACCAAGUCAGUCAGCAGGGUGAUGUGCCUGUCCUUCUAGAGCCCCCAGUAGAUUCUUCUCCUCUUAUUAGGAGUAACUCCAUGCCAACCUCUUCUGCAAACAGCCUAAGUAUUCCCCCAUCUCUGAGAGGAAGCCAUUCAUUCGAUGAGAAGAUGACUGGCUCUGAUGAUGUAUUUUAUCCCGGGACAGUGGGAAUAUCCCACCAAAGAAUGUUGAGAAGGCAGGCUGCCUUUGAACUGCCAUCUGUACAGGAGGGACACUCAGAUUCAGAUUAUCAUGGAAGACAAGGGAAAAAUAUUAUUAUUGCUUCGAGCAGACAGACAGCAGGUGACAAAGGACCACCCCUAAAAGAGAAGAAAGGAGACAAGACCUUUUAUGACUAUGAUGCCAGUGGAAAGCACUACAGAAAGUGGGAAGAAUUUGAAGCUCAGAAGCAGAACUACAGGGACUCACCAUCCUUAAGUGGGAUGAACAAAGGGGGAGAGUUUUUUAUUGAUGCACUUGGACAAUCUCAGUCAGUGCCAUCCAUGCUUGGAACAACUUUUGAAAACAGAAAGCGCAGGAAAGAGGAGAGCGUUGGAGAUGAGGAAGACAGUCCUAUGAUUUGUAGCAGUACAACUGGCACCCCUGGGGGAAUUCAACCUUCGGACUUUGAUCCCAAAUCCCAAAUUCAGGAAGUGCCAAGAAGUGGAUUUGCCCUUCAAGGCCUGGAGAAUGCUCCCCAUUGCCAUGCGGAACGUUUUGAAAUGUGCAGGCCUUACUUGCAGUCUGGAAGCCCAGCGGCUUCUUUGGAAGAUUCGUCCCUUACUGCAGAGCAAGAAAAGACUGCAGAAUCACUGGUUAGAAAGCCCCCCGGAAAUGUCAUCUCUGUCAUUCAGCACACAAAUUCAUUGAGUCGGCCAAACUCAUUUGAAAGGUCGGAAUCUACAGAACACAUUGCAUGCCAGCAGGAAAAGAUGUAUUCACCAUCUGAAACAUGCGAGAGUGAGAUUUGUGAGUCCCCGAUGAGCCCAGACCGAGCUCCACAAAUGGAAAAUGUUGACACCAGUAAGCCAUCCCCAUCCCAGCAGCCUCAGCCGUGUCAUAUCCAGCCCAGGCUGGUUCGCCAGCACAACAUACAGGUACCUGAAAUUCGUGUCACGGAGGAGCCAGAUAAGCCUGAAAAAGAUAAAGAGGUGCAGAGUAAAGAGCAGGAGAGACCCACUGAAGAAUUCCAGUGGCCCCAGAGAAGUGAAACCCUUUCUCAACUUCCAGCUGAAAAGCUACCACCCAAAAAGAAGCGUUUAAGACUGGCUGACAUGGAACACUCCUCUGGGGAAUCUAGCUUUGAGUCUACAGGUACAAGUCUCUCUCGCAGCCCUAGCCAAGAAAGUAAUUUGUCCCACAGUUCAAGUUUUUCAAUGUCCUUUGAAAGAGAAGAGAAUAUGAAGUUCAUCACACCUUCCAAACAAGAUGAAUUUGGAAAACAGUCUGAGUUUUUAACAGUUCCAGCAGGUGCUUACUCACUUUCCGUCCCUGGGCAUCACCAUCAGAGGGAAAUGAGACGCUGCUCAUCUGAACAGAUGCCCUGUCCUCAUGCUGCUGAAAUCCCAGAGAUCCGAAGUAAAUCCUUUGAUUAUGGGAACCUGUCUCAUGCCUCUUCAGCUGGAACACCUACUGUGGCAUUGUCUCCAUCCCGAGAAAGGAAGAAAUGCUUCUUGGUUCGCCAAGCUUCCUUCAGUGGUUUUCCAGAGAUUUCUCAGACUGAUCAGAGCACAGAACAAAGUAUAAAACAGGAGCAGAUGGAACAUUCGCAGGUUGGUCUUCGCUCUUCCCAGCUUGUCUGGCAUCAUUCCCCUUCCUCUGUACUCCAGCCCAUUCAGGUAGAUGACUCUGGAAAACAGGCUAUUGGCUCUUGUGCUCAACUUAGUAAUAGCUCAUCCCACCUUGCCCAGCAACAGGCUCUUGUCGCAGACAGCCCGGAAAUGUUAAGGACUCCCUUAAUCCAACAAGCACCUUAUAUUCCUAACAAACAUCCAUCAGAGCAGCAGCAGCUAUUUGCACAUCAGGAAAAAGUACCGUUUCCCCCUAUUCAUAGCACCUUGUUUCAGUUCCCCUAUCCAGCUGUCUGCAUGGUUCACUUACCACCAUCUCAGCCUAUCUUGUGGCAGUCCUGCACAGAACCUCUGCACUUCCAGCAUCCAUUUGUACAACAGCUGCAGAAAUCUUAUGUCAAACAGGCUUUCCAAAUAGACGUACCUCCAAGUUAUCACCUGGAACAUGCACCUGAGCUUAUUGGAAAGAAAGCAGCUGAUUAUGUGCACGCUAAAGAGCAAGCAUACCAGCAUUACUCAGGAACAUCUGGGUCAUAUUCAAAAAAUACUCUUGCUAAGUACCAGUCAGACCAUAGCAUUAAACCAACAGAUACCUCCUCUGAGCAGCAUCUUCAGACAGAUUUUGACUCCCCAAGUGAUGGAUCUGUACAGUCUUUGCCAGGAACAGUUGUUCCCGUCAGGAUACAAACCCACGUGCCAUCUUAUGGUAGUGUCAUGUACACAAGCAUUUCCCAGAUCCUUGGACAGAGCAACAGUCCUGCAAUUGUAAUAUGUAAAGUUGAUGAGACAGUUUCUCAAAGAACAUUGGCAACUAAUGCAACCAUGCAAGGAAUUGGAUUUAACAUAGCUCAGAUGUUGGGUCAUCAUGGAGGACUAGAAAAAUAUCCCUUGUGGAAAGUGCCACAGACACUUCCACUUGGACUGGAGCCACCAAUUCCCUUGUGUUUGCCUUCCACUUCUGACAUGGCUUCUACCUUGGGAGGUAGCAAACGAAUGCUUUCCCCUGCCAGCAGCUUGGACCUCUUCAUGGAGACCAAGCAGCAGAAACGAGUCAAAGAAGAAAAAAUGUAUGGGCAGAUAGUUGAGGAACUAAGUGCAGUUGAGUUGACUAACUCAGAUAUAAAGAAAGAUUUUCCAAGAAUGCAGAAGCCUCAAUUAGUAAGGCAGAGCUGUGCUACUGAGCCAAAAGAAAGUCUGCCAUCCAUGUCAUCUUCUUCAUCGCUGUCAUCCUCAACAUCUCAAGAUUUCCCACCUGUCAGCAUGGCGGGAGCUGAUGCAUUCCCACUGAGCAGAGAGAAACUUUCCAGUUUUGAUUCCGCAUCCCCGGGACAGAAGUCCAGUGGCCCAUCUGAAGGAAGAGACUCACCAGAAGAGUUGGAUGUGGACGAAACAGCCUCAGAUAUGAGCAUGAGUCCACAGAGGUCUUCAUUGCCACCAGGAGAAAUUCAGGCAGAAGACCAGCUGAAACAUCAAAAAUUACCUCUUGGGAUGUUAGUCCAGAUGUCAUCUAAUACUAUUGGGAAAGUCACAGCCUCAACCAUUCUCCUGACAGACGUAGCAGAUUUUCAACAGAUCCUUCAGUUCCCAAGUCUGCGUACUACGACUACUGUGAGCUGGUGUUUCUUAAACUAUACGAAACCCAAUUACACUCAGCAACCAACCCUCAAAGCUUCUGUUUAUGCUUCAUGGUGUAUAAGUUCAUGUAACCCAAACCCAUCUGGGCUAAGUACAAAGACCACUUUAGCACUUUUAAGGUCCAAGCAAAAAAACACCACAGAAAUCUACACCUUGGCUGCUAUGCACAGACCUGGAACUGGUAAACUGACAUCAUCAAGUGCAUGGAAGCAGUUUGCUCAGAUGAAACACGAGCCAUUCUUCUUGUUUGGCAGCAAGCUUGAAAAGAAAGUAGUGGGGAAUAUUAUAAAAGAAAGAGUAAAAGGAGACAUUCAUGGAGAUAAAGACAUUACAUCCAAACAAACUGAGCCGAUACGAAUUAAAAUCUUUGAAGGAGGGUAUAAAUCAAAUGAGGAUUAUGUCUAUGUCAGAGGUCGUGGCCGAGGAAAGUACAUUUGUGAAGAAUGUGGCAUUCGCUGUAAAAAGCCAAGCAUGCUCAAAAAACAUAUCCGCACUCACACUGAUGUCCGGCCUUAUGUAUGCAAGCUGUGCAAUUUUGCCUUCAAAACUAAAGGAAACCUGACAAAACAUAUGAAGUCUAAAGCACACAUGAAAAAAUGCUUGGAGCUUGGAGUAUCAAUGACAUCUGUAGAUGAUGCUGAAACUGAAGAAGCAGAAAAUAUGGAGGACAUGCAGCAGGAAGCAGAGAAGAGCAGCAGCCUGGCAGGGCUGUCAGCAGAGCACCAGUUUUCUGACGCGGAGGAAUCGGAUGGCGAGGAUGGCGAUGAUAAUGAUGACGAUGAUGAAGAUGAGGAUGAUUUUGAUGAUACUCAGGGAGACUCGACACCAAAAACCAGAUCAAGGAGCACCAGCCCGCAGCCCCCUCGGUUCUCCUCCCUGUCAGUGAACUCGGCUGGGGCAUCGCAGGGGGCUUCCCCAGAGGGCUCCCUUUCAGUGGGACACUCUUCCCUCAUCAGUUACUUGGUCACCUUACCUAGCAUUCAGGUUACUCAGCUUAUAACACCAAGCGACUCCUGUGAUGACACACAAAUGACAGAAUAUCAGAGGUUUUUCCAGAGUAAGAGUACGGAUUCAGAGCCUGAUAAAGACAGAUUGGACAUACCCAGCAGCAUGGAUGAGGAUUACACGCUUUCGUUAGAUCCCAGUUCUUCUCCGAGGGACCUCUCACCUUCCAGUCGACAAUCGUCACCUGGCUACGAUUCUUCACCCUACAGAGAUAACUCACCAAAGAGGUAUUUAAUGCCAAAAGGGGAUUUGUCACCCAGAAGACAUCUGUCACCCCGACGAGAUAUUUCACCCAUGAGGCACCUUUCCCCGCGGAAGGAGGCUGUGCUGAGGAGGGAGUUAUCACCAAGACGGGACGUGUCACCAAGACGUCACCUAUCGCCAAGGAGACCAAUGUCACCAGGGAAAGAUGUGUCUGUUCGAAGAGAUUUGUCUCCCAGGCGAGAGAGGCGAUAUAUGGCCUCCGUUAGAGCGGCAUCUCCCCGGAGGGGCUUGUACCAUAAUCCAGCAUUGUCCAUGGGUCAAUAUUUACAGUCUGAAUCUAUUCCAGUGGGACAUUCAAGGAGGGGGUUGUCUCAGGCACCUUAUUUCAACAUAUAUGGAGAAAAAGGAGGCAUGGAGCACCGCAGGUCUAGCCUGUUCCCUGAAGGUCCGAGCGACUACGUCUUCAGUCAUCUUCCACUACACUCCCAGCAACAGAUCCGAGCGCCUAUCCCCAUGAUGCCUAUUGGGGGUAUCCAGAUGGUCCAUUCAGUCCCCGUGGCCCUUUCAGGUUUACAUUCUCCGUCCGCUCUGGCCCUGCAGAGGGAGGUCUCUGAGGAGAAGCAAAGAGGAACUGCGGAAGCCCUCGCGAAAGAGCCGUAUAGCAUUUCUAAGCACCAUGAGAAACGUACCUCUCCGCACAGCUUGCACCCCGCUGCUCCCCCCAGCGCCCCCUCCUCGCCGCUGCUGUUGCUGGCUCAGAGCACAUCCGAGGACAGUGUCGUGGCUACCGAGAGGGAGCAGGAGGAGAACAUACAGACUUGUACAAAAGCCAUAGCCUCUCUGCGAAUCGCCACAGAAGAAGCCGUUCUGCACGGGGCGGAGCAGCUGCAGAGGCCUUCUGAGCCUCACCAGAAACCCUUAGAAAGUGCACAUUUUAGCAUUAAACACUUUAGUGGAUCUGAGCCGGGCCAGCCCUGUGCCUCAGCCACCCAUCCUGACUUGCACGGUGGUGAACAGGACAGUUUUGGUACAUCACAGACUGCGCCAGCCCAUCCCACCUUUUACAGCAAGAGCUUUGUGGAUGUCCAGCAGCUGGGCUUUCACAGCAGGAGCGACCCCCCAUCAAGCACACAGGAAAGGAAAGAUCCGUCAUCUGAGAAGAGCAAGCCGCAUUGA